AUGGACGAACACGAGUUGGCGUCUAUUGUAAAUGCGUUCAUAGCAUCCCAACGACAGUUGUUACUAAUGUUGGAGCUCUUGAAGAACGAUACGAAGAGGAUAACGCACAUCCCGUAUGAAACUAGGCAUAGGAUUAGACAGUUAGCUUACUUUUGCAUGAUUCAUGGGUCAGACCUUGUCUGUCGCCAAAGUACGAGAAUGGACCGAAGAUGUUUUGCCAUUUUGUGUCACCUACUGAGGACCAUUGCUGGACUAACGUCGACGGAAGUCGUCGAUGUUGAGGAGAUGGUAGCAAUGUUCCUCCACAUUCUUGCGCACGAUGUGAAAAAUCGUGUCAUUCAACGAGAGUUCAUGCGGUCGGGUGAGACAAUUUCCCGCCAUUUCAACAUGGUCUUGUUGGCUGUCAUUCGACUUCAUGAGGAGCUGUUGAAAAAACCACAACCAGUGCCUAAUGAAUGCACAGAUCAAAGAUGGAGGUGGUUUGAGAAUUUCCUAGGUGCAUUAGAUGGCACGUACAUAAAAGUCAACGUUCCAGCAAGUGACCGGGCUAGGUAUAGAACACGCAAGGGGGAGGUGGCCACAAAUGUACUUGGCGUGUGUGACACGAAAGGAGAUUUUGUUUACGUACUUGCCGAUUGGGAAGGAUCAGCUGCGGACUCACGCAUCCUCCGUGAUGCCCUUUCAAGACCUAAUAGGCUUAAGGUGCCCAAGGGCUAUUACUACUUGGUUGAUGCCGGGUACCCAAAUGCGGAGGGUUUCCUGGCACCAUACAGAGGCCAACACUAUCACUUACAAGAAUGGCGUGACCCUGAAAAUGCACCUUCAACGUCGAAAGAGUUCUUCAAUAUGAAACAUUCUUCUGCUCGUAAUGUAAUCGAAAGAGCAUUCGGUGUCUUGAAGGGUCGAUGGGCGAUACUGCGGGGAAACAUGACAAGUUCAUCGAGACUACCUAAACAUACUUGGACUAAAGAGGAAGAGGCAGGCCUCGUGGAGUGCCUCGUGGAGUUGGUCAAUGCUGGUGGGUGGAGGUCCGACAAUGGGACCUUUCGUCCCGGGUACUUAAAUCAGCUGGCGAGAAUGAUGGCCUUCAAGAUCCCAGGUUGUAAUAUCCAUGCUUCAACCAUCGAUAGUCGAAUCAAAUUGAUGAAGAGAAUGUUUCAUGCACUUGCGGAGAUGCGUGGCCCAAACUGUAGUAGUUUUGGGUGGAAUGAUGAAAAAAAAUGCAUCGUCGCAGAGAAAGAAGUCUUUGACGAUUGGAGUCAUCCGGCGGCGAAAGGCCUCCUUAAUAAGUCGUUUGUCCACUAUGACGAACUGUCGUACGUGUUUGGUAAAGAUCGUGCAACAGGAGGUCGGGCUGAGAGUUUUGCGGACAUUGGGUCAAACGAUCCUCCUGGGUAUGACGCAUUUGCUGCUGAUGCUGUGCCAGAUACGGACUUUCCGCCAAUGUACAGUCCGGGAUUGAACAUGUCGCCUGAUGAUUUGAUGGAAACAAGAACCGGUAGGGUCAGUGAACGUAGAAAUGUUUCAAGCGGGUCUAAGCGGAAAUGUCCAGGACAUGCCACAGAUAGUGGGGACAUAGUUCGUACUGCCAUUGAGUAUGGAAAUGAACAACUUCAUCGCAUUGCUGAAUGGUCUAUCCUACAACGUCAAGAUGCUACCCAAACACGUCAAGAGAUUGUUCGACAGUUGGAGGCCAUCCCUGAGCUCACAUUGAUGGAUAGGUGUCGCUUAAUGCGUAUACUUAUGCGUAACGUCGAUGACAUGAAAGCUUUCCUUGAAGUUCCCGACAAUAUGAAGUACCCGUACUGCAGCAUCAUUCUUCAAGAAAACCGAUGA